AUGCCGUGGAAUUGGUUCUUAGAAUUUAAAACUAAAAUUAAACGCAUCAAUUUAUUUAAAGAUAUUGAUAAAACAAAUGAAGAAGAUAUCAAAAAUCAAAAAAUAUCGACAAUUAUCUUUCUUAUUCUGUUUAUAAUAUCAAUUGUUGCUCUCUUUCUAUAUUCAUCCUUGACUCCUAUAACAAAAACGGUAGUUGUUGAACAACCUUCUUUAUCCGAUUACAAACAAUUAGAAGAAAAAUAUUCAAAUACAUUAUUAUGUCCAUGUACAAGUGUUUCUAAUGAAUACAACAAAUUCAUAUCAUCAUUUACACCAACUCUCCAUCAAGUCUGCUCAAGUGAUUUUGUUAGUGACAAAUGGCUCAAUUAUGUUAAUUACCGUUUAUUUGUUGAACCACAAUAUCAUUUUAUUUGGGAUUUUCGUCAUUCAGCUUAUGGAUUUUUUUCUAUGUUACGCACACUUUGUGUAUUAGCUAAACAAACAAUUGAUGAUCAAUUAAUUUCAUUCUAUUCUACAAUUUUACUUACAGAAAAUACCAUUUCAGAAGAUAUAUUUUUAGCUAAUAUAAAUGCAGCUCGUGAUCAAUUUAUAAAUGUAAGUGCAAAUGAUUUUACAAUUACACUUGACUCAGUUAUAUUAAUGGGAAUAGUUAAUGUAGGAAUCAUCAAUCGAUUAGGAACACAGUGGAAAUUAGUUCUUUAUUUAUACUCGAACAGUGCAUUUUCCGAUGCUUGGGCAGGUCAACCAUACAGAAUAGGUGAAAAUUGUUUACGAACCAAUGUAUACUGUAGUACAACAACAGGUAUUUACUUAAGAAAACUUAACAAUGAGACAUCAUCUGAUUUAUAUUGGGGGGAAAAAUAUACAGCAGAAGUACAAUUCGAAGUUCCAGGUGUACUUGUAAGUGGUUUCAUACUCGAUUCUGUUCUUCAAUCAAAUCUUUCAUGUUUAUAUAAUGAAAGUUGUUUAUUGAAACUAAACACAUAUUUAAAUGAUUCACUUUCUCCAUUCAAUGCAACACCUUUAACAGUGCCUUCUUCUGCUCAAUCUCUUCCAACCAUUGAUGAUUUAACCAAAAAAUUAAUGGUGGAUUUUUGGCAACUAAAUUCAUCUUAUCAACAUUAUUUCAAUGCGUGCAAUCCAUUAACUUGCACAUAUACUUAUACUCAUCAGUUUGAUAUUCUUUUUAUUAUUACGACUGUUAUUUCAUUUAUUGGUGGAAUUGUAACAGUUCUUAUGAUCGUAAUAUUACCGACAGUGAAAUUCUUAAGAAACAAAGUUAAAACUGUCAAGCGAUUAUUAUCAUCAUCAGAAGUUGUACCAUAUGAAACUAAUAUUGAACGGCAAGCUGCUGGUGAUACCACUGGACAACAAAUUUCAUUAUUUGUUAAAAUAAAAAUGUUUUUGCUCAACCUUAACUUUUUCUCAGAUCCAGAUGAAAACAGUGAAUGGCACUUAUAUGGUCAACGUCUUUCAACUCGAUUCUUCACCGUUUCAAUAAUUAUUGCAUUUUCUAUACUUAUUCUCUAUGCAUCCACAUAUUCUGUUACAAAAACGAUCACCAUUAACAAACCUCCAAUCGAUGUUUAUUUCACUCUUCAAGAUAAAUAUCCUCAAACAUUGACCUGUCCAUGUUCAUCAACUACAAAUGAACAAUCUCAAUUCAUAUCAUUUCAACCGACAUUUCAUCCAGUUUGUUCUUCAAGUUUUAUUACAAAUAAUUGGAGUAACUAUUUAACAGCAGAGAACGGUAAUAUCAUGGGUUACCUCGAUGUUCGUUUCAGUCUUAUAAACUUCUUUCCAACUAUUUUAUCCUUUUGUCAACUAUCACAGAAAAUAAUCAACAAUGAAUUAACAAUAUUCAAUUCAACAAAAUAUAUUACAAAAUCUAUACAAGAAAUAGAUCUAUUCAAUUCUCAAACACAACAGCUCAUUAGUAACAUGAAAAAAACAAUAGUGAACUCAUUUCAACUUUCAAUCUCAAUGUUACGUCAAACAGUUUGGGGAAACGGAUUGUAUUGUCUUUCAGCUUAUUUUUAUGUUCCUGAUCCGACGAUUAACUAUGAUUAUAACUCAACAAUAAAUCCUCAUGAUUUAAAUCUUGUAUUUUACCCAGCUUAUUAUCAACCUAGCUUUGGCACAACAUGUUCAUGUAAAAUCCAUCCAACUACAUGCAAUAUAUUAUCUAAUAUCACUUAUCUUAACGAAACGAAAACUUACAAUCUGUUUACUGUCCCUGGUUAUUAUAUUGGUUGUUAUGCGAGCGAAUCAAUGUUUCGUUCUACUUUUGAAUGUUUUUUUGAUCAAACAUGUUUACAAACAAUUUAUAAUUUAACAAAUUUAAUAUCAACAGAAAUAUUUAAUCCAACUGCUAUGGAAUUAAAUAACAGUCGUUAUAAUGAAACAACAAGUGUACAAAAUAUGACUGAUAAUUUAAUGGUCGAAGAAUGGAAUGAUAAAACAUCAUUUCAAUUUUAUUUUAAACAAUGUAAUCCAUAUUUAUGUUCAUAUUCGUAUGAUAUUAAAGGAGAUAUUAGUUAUGUAUUUGCAAUUACAUUUGGUUUAAUUGGUGGAUUAACAACUAUUUUAAAAACAAUUAUUCCAUCUAUUGUAUCAAUAAUUAGACGAUGGCGACAGAAAAGACAAAUUAGUACCAGUCAAUCAGUAGUUAAUCACGUAUUUUAUGUUUCUUUUGAAAAUAUUACACAUAUGAUUAUUAAGAAUAAUCCAACAAUUAUUGAAUUUAAUAAACUUUAUCAAGAAUAUCCAAAUACUAUUCAAUGUCCAUGUCAAACAUAUUCAAUUGCAUAUGAACAAUUUAUUACAUUUCAACCUCAUUUACAUUCAAUUUGUUCAAGUACAUUUGUUGAUGAAACUUCACAAUGGCUUGUAAUUGAUUAUCCACAAACAAUGCCAAUACAUUCUGCUCGAAAAGAUGAUUUUCGACAAAUUGGAAGUCCGUUUUUUCAACUUUUAAAUUCAUUUUGUAAUUUAUCAAAUAAAACAGUCUAUGCAGAAUUAAGAACAUUUGAUUCAAGUAGAUUUAUUACAUUAAAUUUAAUUACAUAUGAACAAUUUCAAACUCAAAUGAAUCAAUUAAUUGAUCAAUUUUUACAAAAUACAGCUCGUGCAUUUAUUAAUUCACUCUUUUUUGCGGAAAAUAUGACUGCAGCAAAUAUGUUAUUUUCUGCAUUUCAAUCGGAUUCAUUGUAUUCAUCAGGAUCUCCAGUAUAUGAUGAGUAUAGGUUUACAGAUUAUCAAUAUAUCUAUGAUCGAAUAGAUCAAAUAUAUAAUUCAAAUGAAACUGGAAUUGAUUGUGAUUGUCAAAGUACACCAUGGUGUAUUCAACAAGCAAUUGUUUAUGAUUUAGAUACAAUAACACAACUGUUUUCUCCACCAGGUAUAUUUGUUGGAUGUUAUCUUGUUGAAGCAGUUUUACAAAGUGAUCUAAGAUGUUUCUUCGAUAUUGGUUGUUUACAACAGUUGAUUGAUAGUUUAUCUUUGGUGAAUAUCAGCGCAUCGGAUAUUAUUUUAAAUUCAACAGCAAGUCAUUAUCAAGAAAAAAGUUCUUUAUUAGAAAUUGUUUCAAAUUUAAUGAUUGAAGAAUGGAAUAAUCAAACAUUUUAUGAUAACUAUUUUAAUAUAUGUCAACCAUCAGUUUGUACAGCAACAUAUGUUAGCCGUGGAAAUAUUAUUUAUAUUAUAACAACAACUAUAGGAUUGAUUGGAGGAUUAACAAAAGUCUAUAUAUUUAUUGCACCAAUAUUUAUAAAGAUUAUGGUACAUGUAAUUAUUCCGUUUAUACGAAAAAAAUGUGGUGCAUUUGACGUUGAUGUCGGACAAAAACGGAAAAGGUUGCGUCCGAUGGAUAAUCGUGAAUAUCAUCAUCCUUCUUAUCGAACUGAUAUUGCAUUAGAACAACCUGAAACAGAUGCAACAUUUGAGUAUAGUAAGAGUGCAUAUUAUUAUAUGUUUAAUCGAGUAUAUGAACAAUGGAAAGAAGUAACUAAUGGUAAUAAUCAAGAACAUCUAGAUAUCAUUAUCUAUAAAAAUUCAAGGACAAUACCUAGUAUAAAAUCGAUCAUUGUCCAAACAAUGUGGUGUCUCUUUAUAAUUUGGAUUUUAGCGGUUUUCACUGGUUUCAUCUUUACGUUUUUACCAAGACAUGAAAAUAGUCAAAGUGGUCUUAUUGGCUUUACUGAUGAUUCAGCAACGACAACUUCUACAACUACAAGCGCAAUUACAACGACUUCGUUAACUAGCUAUGCUACAACUAUAACGCCAACUAGCAGCAGUACCGCGACAACGUCAACUGAGAGCAGCACAGCAUCAACUAGCAGCAGCACAACGCCAACUAGCACAAGCACAACCAUAACACCAACUGAUAGCAGCACAGCAUCACCUAGCAGCAGCACAACGUCAACUGAGAGCGACAUCACAACAACAUCAACUAGCAGCAGCACUACGUUAACUGAGAGCAGCACCACAACGACAUCAACUAGCAGCACUACGUCAACUGAGAGCAGCACCACGACAACGUCAACUAGCACUAGCACAACGACGACAAUAACAACCAGCAGCAGCACCACAACCACCACGACAACAUCAACUACUAGCAGUACAACUACAACCUCAACAAGUACGACCACAUCGACAACGACAACGACAACGACAACUAUGAUUACAAAUCCAUGUGCAUUCGGUGAUUUAGGUUGGAAUACAACAGGUAUUACUGUAAUCAGUUCACCACCAAAUAUGGGAGCUUCGGGUGUAUUCGUUGGCUUAGAUGGUACUUUAUAUUCUGUGGAUGAGAAUAGUAAUUUCGUUGUAUGGAAACUAUUAAAUAAUGCUGUAAAUGUAACAAUCGCAGUUGGAUUGUAUCAAUCACAAGGGUCUAAUAGUUCUCAACUCAAUUAUCCAAAUGAUAUUUAUGUCGAUAGAUAUGGAAAUUUAUAUGUAAGUGAUUCUAGCAAUCAACGAAUACAAAAGUUCAGUAAUGGAUCAACAAUAAAUGGACAAACGAUUGCAGGUGUAACUGGAGUAGCUAGCUCUGCAUUGAAUCAAUUCAACACGCCGCGAUAUUUUACUUUUGAUGCUACAGAUACAUAUAUGUAUAUUGCUGACUAUUAUUGUCAUCGAAUUAUGCGCUAUUCAACGAAUUCGACUGGAGGUACUAAUGGAACACUGGUAGCUGGUGGAAGUGGAGCAUAUAAUCAAAACACAUCGGUGAACGGGCCAUGGGGUAUUCAUUAUUUGUCAUCUGUAAGCAGUGAUCUAUUUAUAACAAACAAUUAUGGACAUACAGUAAUGCGUUGGACUCCUGGUGCUACUUCAGGCACUUUCGUUGCUGGUACGCCAGGUGUUGCAGGUUCUAAUUCUACUCUCUUAAAUCAGCCGAUGGGUAUUAAAAUUGAUUCUUAUUUGAACAUGUACGUUGUUGACUAUGGUAAUCAUAGAGUACAACUUUUUUGUGCAAACAAUCAAACUGGCAUCACUAUCGCUGGAACUGGUGUCGCUGGUAGUGGCGCAACACAAUUAAGUAGUCCACGUGCUACAAAUUUUACACUUCAAUGGAACUCUACAGGCAUCACUGUAGCCGGUGAUGUUGGUGGUUCGUCAGGUACAGCCGCCAAUCGUUUUAGUGGGCCUUAUGUUUUGAGAUUUGAUUCUUCAAAUGCUCUCAUUAUCUCUGAUACGUUAAACCAUCGAAUACAAAAAUGGAUCAUAGGUAACUCAAGUGGUGUAACAAUUGCCGGUCAGGCAAGUGGAACAGCAGGUUCUUCCUCUAAUUCUUUGUACCAGCCAGUCGGUAUUGUACUCGACUCAAGUGACGGCAUAUACAUCGCAGAUAAAGCCAAUAAUCGAGUUAUGUUCUGGGCAAAUGGUGCAUCAUCUGGCUCGAUGAUCGCUGGGACAGGUGUUAGUGGAAAUGCAAGCAAUCAGUUUAGAAAUCCUAACAUGAUCGAACGCGUUUCAAGCUCGGGCACUCUGUACAUCAGUGAUCUAGAGAAUCAUCGUGUGAUGCAAUAUCUUAACGGUAGUUCAUCCGGUACUGUGGUGGCUGGUGGAAACGGACCUGGGACAAACACCUCGCAAUUGUGGUACCCAUUCGGAUUUACUCUAGAUUUAUCGACGAAUAGUCUAAUAAUUUCAAACUGUGAUGCUCACAAUGUUGUUCGUUGGGUGAUAGGCGCUACGAGUUGGACACUUCUUGCUGGCAGUGCUACUGGAGCAAGUGGAUCUUCAUCGACACUUUUGUAUAAUCCUAUUGGUGUAGCAAUAGAUCGAUAUCACAAUCUAUAUGUAGCUGAUGCAGCCAAUCAUCGGAUUCAGCUUUUUUUGGCUGGUCAGUUUAGUGCUACGACGAUUGCCGGUAUUACUGGUUCACCUGGCAUCGGCGCUACUCAAUUAAAUAGACCCUAUGGAAUAUUAUUCGAUAACCAAUUGAAUUUAUAUGUAUCAGACAAUUCCAAUAACAGAGUACAAAAAUUUGCAUAUUAUGGUACAACGGCAACUACGUCGACAACAUCCACAACGACAACUACAACUACAAUCGCAACUACAGCUACAACAAGAACUGCGAUUUGGCAAAUGGUGGGAACUGGCUCUGUUAUCGGUGAUGCAGGGUGUUAUGGCCUUGCAUCUAAUUAUGUAGGAAAUUUCAGCCAAUGCAAAUCUAGUUGUGAAUCAAUGACGAAUUGCAGUGCAGUAGAUUGGCUGGCAAGUGCAUUAUUAUGUGUGUAUCGCCAAUGUACUACCUAUCCGCCAAACACUCAUCCACAAUCGGGUGGCUGGGAAGCAUGGGCUAUUACAACGUCAUCUUUACUUAAUCCACCUCCUAUUAUUCAGUGGUUAUUCGAUGGCGAUUUUAACGAUGUAUAUGGUACUUAUAAUGGAUAUUUAGUUAAUAACAGUAAUGUUACAUGGAUGUCACCAGGCUAUGCUGGAUAUGGAAGUGCCGUUUGCUUUUUAUCUACCAAUUAUUUACUCGUCAAUCAUUAUCUUAAUUUCAAUUCAACUAGUUUCACAAUUUCUGCUUGGAUAUGGAUUCCAGCUAAUCUUUCAUUAGGUGGAAAUUUCUUUGUAAUUUUUAGUCAUUGCAACGCAACUAAUCCAGAUAUGUGUAUGCACAUUGGAAUAAAUGGUGGUAGAGUCUUUUUAGGUUUCUACAGUGAUGAUUUAACAGGAGGUACUUCACUGAGUUCCAACCAAUGGUACCAUGUUGCCUACGUCUACGAUCGAUUAUCAUCCAGACAGAUUGUUUAUUUCAAAGGAAAUCAAGAUGGAACUCGAGUGACUAAUGGUUUUUAUACAGGUAUUGCAAGCACACUGGUUGUCGGAGCCAUACCGUCAUUUGGUACGGGAUUUGUUGCUAAUAAUGGUUUCAUUGAUAAAUUGACAUUUGUGUCACGUGUUAAAACUUCUGCUGAGCUUCUUGACGAAGCUACUCUUGUUGCUUAUUAUCCAUUCGAUAAUUCUUACACUGACUUCGGACCCAAUCAGAUCAUAAAUAGUACUAGUGUCUCAACUAUGUUUGACUCGUCUGGUCAAUUUAAUCAAUGUUUAUUGAUUAAUUCAACAAAUUUAUCUUACUUUCAAACAACAGGUUUCUCUUAUCUUGGUCAGACGAGCUAUUCAUAUUCAUUCUCUUUGUGGAUUUAUCCAUUCGUCAAUAAUGGUACUAUUCUUCAGGUCAGCUCUUCAAAUGGUUGGUGUGUGCCAAUGAUUGGUUUUGAUAUUUCUGGUCGUCUAACAAUCCAAACAAUGGGUAGUAAUGGUAUUUAUGCUGUUUCAUUAACUUCUGGAACAUUAUCACUAAACCAAUGGACUCAUAUGGCUAUGACUUAUUCAACUAUAAAUGGUAUUCAACUGUUUAUGAAUGGAGUAUUCAUGGUUGGUAAUAAUACCGUUACAAGCUACUCAGCUAGUGGUCAAAUAAGUACAAUUACUAUUGGAACUUGUCUUUCUCCAAGUACAUGUGCUGUUAAUACAACAACAAUUAUUCCAUCACAAUUUCGAGGAAAAAUUGAUGAAUUAAAAAUCUUUUCUCGUGAAUUAUCAUUAAGUGAUAUUGGUCAACUAGCUCAAGCAACAAGCUUAUAUACAUUUGGUCCAUCCAGUUUCUGGCAAUUUGAUAACAAUACCUUAGAUAGUAUAUCAAAUCUCAAUGGAGUAGGUGUCAAUUCACCUAGUUAUGUAACACCUGGAAUCACUGGCAGUGGAUAUGCUUUAAAUCUUAAUAAAACCAAUACUCAAUAUGUAACAAUAGCAGCCAAUCAAAUAUUCGCUAAUACUAGUUUUACAGUGGAAAUGUGGAUUUAUCCUACUUCAUUAAGCGAUAUUUUUUAUGGACUCUUCUCUCAACAUGAAGCUUCGGGAACUGAUCGUCUAUUACAUUUGAUUCUUAAAUAUCAACUGCUUUACAUGGGUUUUUUUAGUGAUGAUCUUCAGGGUACAACCUCAGUGUCAGUUCCGUACACUUGGUAUCAUGUUACUUUCGUUUACGACUAUCGAUCACGAACACAAAUCGUAUAUUUGAAUGGAUAUCAAGAUGGUCUUCGUACUCCGGCUGGACCAUAUUUAGGAAUCUCUGGCGCAAUAACUAUUGGAACAUUUUUUGAUUCUUCUAAUAUAACUCAACCUUACAAUGGUUACAUUGAUCAAGUUUCGCUGACCAUGCGAACUAAAACUGCUAGCGAAAUACUUACUGAUGCUACUUUGACCACUUGGCAUUCAUUUGAUAGUAUACCAUUACAAGACUCUGGUCCACUUGGACUUAUUACAGCAACUAAUAAUGUUACUUUAACAACUGGAAAGGUGAAUCAAGCAUUAAAUUUCAACUCAACUUCAUCUUAUUAUCAGAUACAAAGUUUUGUUCUUCUUGGAACCUCGAACCAUUCAUACUCUAUUGCGUUGUGGGUUAAACGUACAUCAACAGGUGGUGGAACUCUUGUUCAUCUUUCAACACAAACAAAUGGACAAGGAUGGUGUGUUACCCUAUUAGGAUUUCGCUCUACUGGUGAAAUAGUAACCACCAAUUCGGGCUCUACAGGCAAUGAAGUAGUGGGUCCUAUUCUACCCAUCAACGUCUGGACUCAUGUCACUAGUACUUUCUCAACCAUGAAUGGAUUACGAUUUUAUAUAAAUGGAAUAUAUAGUGCUAGUACAGGUGUUAUGUCCUAUAGUGCUGCACAACAAGCAGUUAUUUUGACAUUGGGAAAUCCAAUGAUGGGUGGCUCCUGCAAUUCAUCAUCAAUUACUACAGGCAUUUAUUCUGGUUAUUUAGAUGAAUUUCGUGUUUAUUCUCGAGAACUAAGUGUUGCGGACGUUUAUACACUUGCUAAUCCAUAA